CCUUAAAAUUGACUUGAAGUGAAGAAGGAACUAGUCUCAUCAAUAAUGUUGGGCUUGCUGGUGUUAACUUUGCUGCUUCUUAGUCCAGUGAGAGGUAACUGGAAAGAUGGGAGUAAGAAUGGAAGCCGAGAAAACAUGAGGUUUUACACGCUACAUAUGACAUGCAAUGACGAAGGAACGAAGUGUCAGGAAUGCCACCAUUCACGCACGGGAGGACGAGUAUACUUGCACACUGCUGAGUACACAGAAGGGCCGGCCACGUUUCAAUUCAGAGGAUCAGCGGAAGCACGUGACUGGAAACAAUUACUUAUUCAGGAAGAUCCAACAGAGCUGUUUCAUUACUGCAUGCAAAACAACGACGCUUCAGAUUGGAACUACAACGGUGAUGCCUGGCGUUUCUCAAUCUGCAUGGACAAUGACUUCUCUGGAAUUUCCAUGCCGGCCGAAUGCGUCAAACCCGUGGCUGUUGUUUCCGUGGUCAGUCUGGUCGCAGACAACGAAGCGCACGGUGAGCAAACACUCUACUGCGCCUAGCAACCUAGCCUACACAAAAUGCCGAGAGUAAAUUUAUUUGUGUAUUCAAGUUUAAACAUAAAAUGUUGGCAAGAAGACACUUUGGCAUGAUCAAACCUCCUAUUACAAUCAAUGUGAUUUGCUUUUGGCCAUCCAGAGAUAUGUUGCAGUGAGUACGAGGACUAAGAAAUAAGUUGUUCCACUUUUAGGUAAACAGGUUAGUCUUAACGUUUCAACACAAAGCUCUUCAUAGCAGCAUUAAACAUGAAAUCAAAGUCCAUGGGUAGGUGAAAUGCACAUUUUAUUUCAAUUCUGUCGAGUGAUGGAGAGUUGCACAAAGCAUUGAGAUGUAAGAAUGAGGAUAAUGUGCCUUAGUUCGUGUCUGAUUUCAAUGUUAAACUGAACACGAAGCGAAACACCUGCUGCUAGGUUUCUGUCACCAUUAGAGUUAAACGGUAAUCAUUUUAUUACUCCUAUUGUCAAAUUUGUAACUACGUAAAAAAAAAGGUUUGCGGUAGCACCAUGCCAGGAUAUCUCUUUAUGAGUAUGUGUGGUUCGGAAAAGAGCUGGAGGGUACUCAACGUUUUAGACAGUAUGCUCCAUCUGUCGUCAGGUCACUUAAAUUUGUAAUUCUCAAUUAUAUCAUAGAAAUUGCCACUAAGAAAAGGAGUAACUGUUGAAGAAAUAAAUUAUAUUAACAAUAAGGGAAAUUAACUCGAAAUGUCAGCUGUUUUGUACAAUAAUUGUUCUGUUCCGGAACAUUACGUUGUUAUUAUUAGGCCCGUCGAUAAGGUUUGUCCAGUAUCCCACCUCUUACCGCUUAAAACACGUUUGUUGUGGCUCUUGACCAUGGCGUUCCAUCAGAAAGUCUUUGUAAUCGAGAUGAACGCUCUUG